AGUUUUUGUUUACUAGUAAACUGUUGUUUGUUUUGGUAAUUUUUAAUUAGUAAACAAUUGGAAAAUUUUAAGAAAAAAAAACUGUGGAAAUGAUAUGGAUAUAGACGAAUUUUUAGCUUUGGAAAAGCGGCGUUUAGCUGAAGAACGUCAAAGACUAUACGAACAAGCUGUGGAACUCAAUUCCGCCAGAACUUCCGAAACAAUACCAACAAGUACUUCCAUGCUAAAGGAAUAUGAAAAUCAACAAAAGCCAAAUGAAGAAAUAACUAUUUUAAAUAAGAAAACAAAAGACUGGAUUAAUAGACAAAACAAUAAUAAUAAAACAAAUAAUGAAGAUGCUAACGAAACUGCAAGUAGUAAUAGGCGGAAAAAGAAAAGUCCGGAUGAUAUGGAGCAAUGGGUUUCGGAUACAUUUUAUUCAUAUUUUCCUGGUUUUAGUAAUGAAUAUCAGAAACGUCAAAAUGAACUGCAAAAAAGACAACGUGAAAAUCAAGAAAAUUUAAUAAAACAUCAGUUAUUAAAUUCUCGUGCAACAAGAAAAAAUAAACAAUUGAAUAUGGAAACUUCCAAUAUAAAUAGUGCCUGUUCUCAUAACUCUUCUUUGACCUCAAAUGGUGCACAUGGUUCUUUACAUGCUGCUGCUAAGACUGAUAUGGAAAUAAUUAAUGUUAAUAAUCCAAAUUAUUUGCCUUCUAAGCAUUCAGGACAAACAGUGAGACCUGAUUCUGCACGCUAUAGGAUGCUGCAGGAUUUAAGACAUACGAAUCUAACCAAUUUAGUAAAUGGUUCGGAAGAUGUUUUAGAAAUUAAUCGUAAACAAGCAGAGCUGGAAUCGGCUCGUAAAAAAGAAUACCAACGAGAACUUAUGCAACAAAUAGAAGAAAAACGUCGUACCAUUAAACAAUUAAGGGAUAAAGAACAUCAACAGGAAGAGGUAUUAACCAGGCGUUUACAAGAACAGCUGAAAACUAUGAAAUUGGAAGAACAAUUAGAAAAGGAAAGAAUUAAGGCAGUAAAGGUACGUUUUGAUGCUGAACAAAAUCGUUUGACAAGAGAACAUCUUUUAGCCAAAUUAGAAAAUGAUUCUCAACUACUUGUAAAUGCUGAUCUUAAUACCUUAACCACUAAGAAGCCCUCUAGCUUAAGCCAGGAAACUAAUAAAGAAAAUAUUUCCCAUAGACAGGAUAACAAUAAUAAGGUGUACAAAUAUUUUAGUAAUUCCGAGAAACAUGAAUACAACUAUCGCAAUAAAUCGUCUUCAUUGCCCUCAGAAAUUGAUUUGGAAUUAGAUCAAACAGAAAUAGCAAAAAUUGAACGUGAAUGUUUUCAUUUAAGUGAAAAGAUUUGUCCCAUGUGUGAUGAACCGCUAAAGGAAUUGGAAAACUUUUGUCUGCGUUGCCAAACCAAAUUAUCAUUUCGCAUAAAGUCCCCCUCUACGGGUAAAACAACAACAAAACAUUUUAUUAACAAAAAUUCCAAAUCGAAAGAAAAUGAAUGUGAUCAAAACUCAGAGCCUCAAGGAACUGAAGCAGAACGCAGUUUUUUUCUGGUAUGUGUAAGAUGUGAACGUUUGUAUUCGUGGUGUAAAAACUGUAGCAGUAAAAGUGAUGUCUGUAGAGCUUGCCAAAAUACUAGAAAUCUUUGUAUGAGUUGUCGUAAGACAUUGUGUUCGUUCUGUUUAGAAGAAGUAGCCUGUGGCAAGGAUACCGAAAGUAUGCACAUUAAUGAUAAAAAUGAAUUAGCUAAAGAUAAAGAAACUGCUGCACAAAUGUCCUUUCACAUUAUGAACGAUAGCAGAGAUUCUGUUAGAAAUGAUAAUAAAAGCUGCAAUAUUCCCUCUUCCUCCUUGUCACAUGAAUAUUCUUCUUUAAAUAAUUUAGAUUAUACCAAUCAUCCACCGUAUUCCAUGAAUAUUGAACAAAAUUCUGUUUUCCAUCCAGAUAAACAAUUUUCAUUAUUUAACCCUACUGAGGAGAAAAAUCUCAAGUCACCUCCUGAAAAUAAUUUAAGUUUUCUUAAUGAUAAGGAACAAUUAUUAAAUGUAACAAAUAGUGAUGAUGAUAAAAACAUAGAAAAACUACGUCGUGUUACCGAUAAACGUCUGUCCCGCUAUUUAAAGAAUUACGGUGAUUUGGCCUAUCAAACGCGUGGCACCCAAACAACACCCACUAGUACUGGUCGUCGGGAUAUUGUUAUACAGGGUGAACAUAGUCUAUCCAUACCUCUAAUGCGUGAAAUGCCUAAAAUGACUCGCAUAGAAGCGGUUAAAUUUAAGGAAAAUUCUAAAGAAUUACAGGAUUUACAGAGACGUUGGGAUAUUCCGGCUGUUCAAAAAUAUACCAUAUCCCCGGUAUCGCCGAAAGUUGUGACACAGGUGGGAGCAAUUAGGAAACAAUUACAAAUAGAUAGACUAUUUUCGGAAGACGCCGAUUCUUAAUUAUUAAUAUUUUACUACAACUACAAUUCAAACUUUUACUUAUAUAUGCAAUAAUAAAAUUAUUGAUAACUUUUUAUAACGCAUU